UCGUGAGCUAACAUUGGCAGGCCAAUCACACAAAUCUUUGCUUGCUUCUCCUUUUUGCUUUCAAUGGCCAAUACAGUCUCUCCUCCUCCUCCAUAUGAAAGAAUACCUUGUAACAACCACAUAUUUAGAGUUCUGGAUAUUGCUGUCCUCUUCCUUCUAACUUCUCUCCUUGUUUAUCGUCUUCUCACUCUCAAAGAUCAUGGUUUUGCUUGGCUGCUUGCCCUCCUAUGCGAGUCCUGGUUCACCUUCGUUUGGCUUCUCACUGUCAACUUAAAGUGGAAUCCACUGGUUCACAAAACCUACCCAGAACGCCUUCCUCAAAGUGAGUGCAGGGAAGAAGAGCUUGUUCCUGCUGUGGAUAUGUUUGUUACAACAGCAGACCCAGUGCUGGAACCUCCAAUAAUCACAAUGAACACAGUGUUAUCUUUGUUGGCAGUUGAUUAUCCAGCCCAUAAGCUAGCUUGCUAUGUAUCAGAUGAUGGUUGUUCUCCUCUUACCUUUUAUUCUCUGGUUGAAACUUCAAAGUUUGCUAAGCUUUGGGUUCCAUUUUGCAACAAGUACAAUGUUCAAGUAAGAGCACCCUUUAUGUAUUUUUCAAGUGAUGAGUCAAUGUUGCUAAGUGACAAAUCACCAGAGUUCCACCCAGAAUUCCAAGCUAUGAAGGAUGAGUAUGAGGGACUUAGCCGCAAAAUCCAAGAAGCAGCCAAAAAGGGCAUUCCAUCAUGUGAUCUGAUCAGUGAUCUAGACGUUUUCUCAAACAUAGAACGCAGAAAUCACCCCACCAUAAUUAAGAUUAUAUGGGAAAACAAGGAAUGUGACUCACAUGGGAUGCCUCACUUGAUUUACGUAUCAAGAGAGAAGAGAUUAAAGCAUCCACAUCAUUACAAAGCAGGAGCUAUGAACAUCCUAACAAGGGUGUCUGGAUUGAUGACGAAUGCUCCCUUCAUGUUAAACGUAGACUGUGACAUGUUUGCCAAUAAUCCAAAGAUUGUUGGACAUGCAAUGUGUUUGUUGUUGGGUUCGAGGAAGGAAGUAGAAGCUGGAUUUGUUCAGAGCCCUCAGAUCUUUUAUGACGGAUUAAAAGAUGAUCCUUUUGGAAACCAAUUAGUGGUUAUGCAAAAAUAUAUGGGACGUGGAUUCGAUGGGAUUCAAGGACCGCUCUACGGUGGAACAGGAUGUUUUCACAGGCGCAAAGUAAUUUAUGGUUUAUGUCCUGAUGAGUUAGCAGGCCAGGCAAAAACUCUCACUUCUGUUACUGCUAAUUUAGGUGAUAAAGAAAUGCUAAAAAUAUUUGGCAACUCAACUGAGUUUAUCAAAUCAGCUGCUCAAGCAUUGCAAGGAAACACCAAUGCUCCAAAAACCAUUUCUAAUUUGGUUGCGGCAGCUUACCAGGUUGCCGGUUGUGGUUAUGAGUACGGCACCAGCUGGGGCACAGAGGUGGGAUGGCAAUAUGGAUCCACAACAGAAGAUGUAUUAACUGGUCUAACAAUCCAUUCAAGAGGUUGGAAAUCAGUAUAUUGUAACCCAGAGCCUCCACCAUUUCUUGGGUGUGCACCAUCAGCUGGGCUAGCCACACUCACCCAGCAAAAGAGGUGGGCCACAGGUUUACUUGAAAUCUUGAUCAGCAGAAAGAGCCCAAUAGUUGCCACCUUUACUGCCAAGCUCCAAUUUAGGCAGUGUUUAGCUUAUGUGAUGAUUCUUGUUUGGGCGUUGCGCUCCAUUCCUGAGCUCUGUUAUGUCCUGUUGCCUGCUUUCUGCAUUAUCACCAAUUCUAAUUUCCUCCCAAAGGUUGAUGAACCAGCUACAUAUGGAUAUGUUGGUGUUUUCUUGAUUUACAACAUAUACACCAUAUUAGAAUACCUUGAAACUGGAUUAUCACUACGUGCAUGGUGGAACAGACAAAGAAUGUCAAUAAUAACCUCAACGAGUGCAUGGCUAUUUGCAACGUUGAGUGUAAUAUUGAAGAUCCUCGGCAUUUCAGAAACUGUGUUCGAAAUUACUCAGAAAGAUGAAUCUUCUUCCAUAGAUGAUUCUGAUGCUGGAAGAUUCACCUUUGAUGGGUCACCCAUUUUUGUGCCUGGUACGACCAUUGUGCUGCUGCAAAUUCUUGCACUGGUUAUGGCUUUGUUGUCGGCCGGUGAUAGACACUGUGAAUCAAGAUUUGGUGAGGUUUUGUGCAGCUUCUUGGUGGUGAUGUAUUUCUGGCCAUUUCUUAAGGGAUUGUUUGGUAGAGGAAAAUAUGGAAUUCCUUUGUCGACUAUUUGCAAGUCGGCUGUUUUGAGUUUUUCUUUUGUGGAACUGUGCAAACGAGCCUAUUAAAACAUUUAAUUAAGGCUUUUGGGUAUUUGAUUGUAAUUUUUGUUCAUAGUAAUUGAUAAAUAACAUUCUCCCUUCUUUUACAA